CGUGAUAUCCACUUCUUUAAUAUCAUCACUCUUGUAAACAAUAGUUCUAGCCAGUGGGAAACUUCUCUCUCUCUCUCUCUCUCAAGGUCAUGAGCUCUCAAGAACCUCUGAAUCAGUGUGAAGAUGGUGUCUUUGACUGGUGCUGGAGUGAAACUCAUCAUGGUAGAGAAGUCCAUGUUCACAGUGACAAGCAUACAAUCACUUUUCAUCAGAAUAGAAGCAACUUCUCCACAGCUAUCAGAGGCACAAAGAUCCUUCGUAAAAACAUGGAGCACUAUUUCGAGAUUGAAAUGAAAUCGCCUUUUUUUGGACAAGCUAGACAAGUGGGCCUGGGUACUGAACACACUCCACUGGAAAGCAAUAACUACGAUUUUACGCAGCUGAUUGGAAAGGACAUGGCAAGUUGGGGAGUGAACUACGAUGGCUCUAAAUAUCACCACAGUGUACAUACCAAGUAUAUUUCAAUUGAUCCUGAUAAACACGAAGAAAUCCGAAUCAGUGUGCUGUAUGAUUCGUACUAUGGGACUCUAGCGUUCAAGUUCAAUGGGAGAUCGAAUGGAGUUGCUUUUGAUCGAGUGUUAACGAAUUUAGACCUAUACCCGAUGUUAUGCUCUAGUGGGACCAACUCUGUCAUGAGACUGACCCAUUGCUGCUCUUCAGUCAUGUCCCUCAAGGGUCUGUGUAGAGGGAUCAUCCGUCAGAAUAUCCACGACGAUAAACACUACGAUAAGCUGAGUGUACCCAGCCAUAUCAAGGCUUUCCUCCUGUACAAGACACCAAAGUCAAAAAGCAGCAGGAGAACUGAUGAUGAGCGCAACAACUCUCCACCCACUGAGAGCACAAUUUAAUCAAAUUUAAUGAUCAUAUUUUUCAUUGUCAUAACUUUUAUUGUCUCUUUGUAAUAUUAUUGGAUGAUAAUAAAUAAAUUAUAUAAGUGAUAA